AAAAUUUUUGCAAUUUAUGCAAAUACUUUCAGAGAAAACUAGUACAAUUUCAAACUAAACAACAAAGGUUGAAUUACAAUUAAUUAAAGGAAAUGUCUCAAAUACUGUGUAUAGAUGGAAGUGUUUUAGAAGGGGGUGGGCAGAUUCUCCGCAUGUCAGUUUCGUUAAGCGCAAUUCUCAGAAUUCCUAUUAGAGUAACAAAUAUUCGCGCAAAUAGAAGUAAACCUGGUUUAGCUGCUCAGCAUUUAUCAGGAAUCAGACUAGUAGCAGAUAUGUGUAAAGCCAAAGUGAAGGGUGAUUUUAUUGGUUCAAAGGAAAUUGAGCUUAUUCCAGGUGCCAUUACAGGUGGCUUGUAUGAGGUGGACACAGGAACUGCUGGCUCGAUAAGCCUUCUUCUACAAGUUGCAUUACCAUGUGCUCUGUUUGCUGACUCUCCUGUGACCCUGGUCCUGCGUGGUGGUACCAAUGUACAGAUGGCCCCACAAAUAGACUACAUGGAGCAUGUGUUCAGGAAACUUCUAAAUCAUUUUGGAGCUGACUUCAACUUGCAGAUAAUUCGGAGAGGUUACUUUCCGCGUGGCGGCGGUCAUGUGCGGGUAGUUAUAAAUCCGGUGAACUCGAUGCGCAGCGUGGAGAUGACAACCAGGGGGGAAGUACAGGGCAUACAUGGCUGGGGUUUCGUAUCAGGAAGGUUAACCUUAGAGUGUGCUCGCGAGAUGAUUACCGGAGCAAGUGAUGCAGCCAAUAGUCCCGUUGAGAUUAAUUUCAAAGAGAGAGUGGAUCAAGUACGCGACGAAUGUCACGGUAUUAUUUUGCAGUGUACAAUGAGCAGUGGCCUAGUGUUAGGUUGUGAUGCGCUCGGUAGACAAGGCCAGCGGCCUUACGACACCGGCGCACAGUGUGGACGGAUACUGCGGGAGAUGCUGUCCUCUGGUACCUGUCUGGACUCACACGCCCAGGACCAAUUGAUAAUAUACAUGUGCAUUGCGAAGGGAGAGAGCAAGAUCAGUGUGAACGAGAUAACACUACACACCAAGACCGCCAUGCACGUCGCGAAACUGGUCGCUAAGGUUAAUUUCACAGUAAGAGAGGAACAUCCCCGUCAUAUUAUUGAAUGCCAUGGAUUGGGGCUCGAAAAUAAAAAUUUAGAGUAGUUUAGAGAGACUGCCGGCACUAUAACAUAUUGUUGCUGCCACAUCUUCCACGGAAGCAGUAUAGCUGUGACACACCAUGGCAUCCCGUGCUUGUAAUGAAGGAAUAUGGCAGCCCAUGUGGUUGGUGACUACAUUUUAGUAGCGGAGAAGAGACAUUGAGAUCAAUGAUGUUGUUUUAUUAAUGACUUGUAUUACCUCAGCAAGACAGAAAGAUAUUUGCUAUUAUUACCACAGAAAAUCUACAAUUGUGUAUAAAUUGCAAUUCAAUUUUGUUCAUGAAAUGGUAAAGCCCGUUUUCCACCGCGAAAGGGUAAUGAGCGGGAAAUGGUUUGGCGGUAAGGACUCCGUUGCGAGUUGAACGGAGUCCUUAAUAGGUCCUCUCCGUUCGCGUUGGAAAAGCGGUUAAAUUGUGUAAAUCAGUGAAGUUCUCAGUGAUGGGACCGAUCUAGGUUUUAAAGUAAUAAUAAAUUAUGAAACAAAUCCCAUUGCAAAAAAGUUUUUUUUGUUGCCAUAACAACGUAAAUCGUUAAUUUUACUAUACAUAUAAGUUUAUAGUUUAGCAAAGAACAUUGAAAUAAGAAAGUACGAGUAAUUUAAUAUCCAAUAUUUAUUUCUUAGUCCAAUCGACAUGGAGAUUGUUGCAAUACAUAAUUAUUUUUACAAGUUCACACAUAUAACAGAUACAAUGGUUUAUACGAACACAACACAAACUUCAAAUAAAGCUUGCAAACAAAACCUUAUUGACAUAAAUCUAUUACCAACUUUAGUUCAAAUGUUACUUAAUCAAUGUUAACAGGAUCAGAAAAAGAAUAUGGAAGCCACUGAACACUUUAUUAUUAACAUGAUCUGUUGUUCUUUUUGCACUCUGAUGAAACACACCCGGCAGCAUCAUGACAUUAGUUGAUUCCCCGCCCAUAUUAUAAAUAAUAAUAUUAUGUCUAAGAUUUCCCCCUUGGGCAUAUGCAACUAAGAAUUUUAUUUUAAUUAUUAUAUAUUAGUUUGUAUUAUGCCUAUAACACUCAAAGUGGUGAAUAAUAAUUUAUUAUAAAGCUUAAGAUCAUUUGAAUAUAAUAUUUGUGGAUAUCUCGGAAUAACUUGAGUAAUUUAGAGUGAUCUCAAACAUUUCAAUGUGAAUUCAAUUAAAUGCAACAUAUUAAAAUUUUCUUUAUAUGUAAUAAGAAAAAAGGAAAUUAUCAUUAAUCUUCAAGGAUUUUAACUUAUCCAUUUGAAUAGAAAACAAAUAAUAUUUCACAUCAUAAACAUCAAAAAAUAAUUUUUAUAAGUCAUGUCUAAGUUAAUAGCUAAAAUGAUUAUUACAAAAUAAAAUACAUAACAAGAUUUAAUAUAUUAUAUUAUAAUAUUUAAGUAUAUAAUGCAAACUUUCGACAAAAGCAAACAAAAAAUUGCUGUCUCCUAACUUAGAUAUUUACAUCGAUUUCGUUCAAUAUAAAAAUAUUCGUAAUAAAAAAUAUUAAUUUGACAGCACUAACAUGUGUUGCCAUAUAGAAAUAAGAUUCUUCUUAUAUAUUAAAUAGCAAUGGAAGAAAGAUCAACGCCCACAUAAGAUUUGGGUAAGAGAUAAAAGAUUGUACCCGUUUACAUACUUUUAUGUCUAAUUCGAAUUUCCGUGUACCACUAAGAAAAAAUAAAAACAGUACAUCAGGCAUGAAAGAAAGCUUAUCUAUUGAAGUAUUACUACUCAAGAAAACAAAGUUGGAUGCACAGAAUGUGCAAGCAACAACUUCUAGAUAGGAGUGGGGAAAAAAAUGGGGAUAAGACACAAUUAUUUUUAUACAGUAACACUAACAUAACUUUCACCAUUGACUACCAAAAAUGCUUUUAUAGUUUUAUACACCUACCCACAACUAGAUAUCAAAGACAAUACAAAAAUUUGAGUCAAUUUCACAACUUUUUCCCUUCAACAGUUUUUGUCUGUGAAUAUUUAUACACCAAUAAUACUUUGAGACCAUAUAAUUGUCCUAUUUACAGGACAAAAAUUAUAAAUGAUGUAUUUUACACUAUAGUAAAAUGGAUAUUGACAUUGUUUCAUACAAUUAUUUUAAAUCCGACAAUUUGGUUACAUAAUAUAAUAUGUGAGAAUAGAGUGUUUAAAGUUAGAAUUCAAAUGAUGUAAAUAUUAGAGUUUAAAUCACCAGUUGUAUGCCCCCCCCCCCCCCCCCUUUUUUAUCACUACAUAAUGCUGUGCUUAACUUUGUGCUUGUCAUUUAUUUGUUACCAUUAAAAUGUCUUCUAUUCAGA